AUGGAUGAAGAUCGAUGUAUCUAUAUGGAAAGCAUCGUCGACCGACUAAUAAACCUCACGUCGGCGGAACGAACAGCUGCUCUCACACACCUAUUCAACCUGCGGACAGCAGCCGUGGAAGAUCUCAGCGACCUUGAAGACAACCGACGGCACUGGGAUACCGUACUAAGCCCAUCCACCCAACCCGACCACGUCAAGGAUCUCGUCAGAGACCUCACCCAGCUGACAGACGAAGAGCUUUCCACGGUCAACUCGCAGGUAUCAGAACGCACCAGCGUGGCUAACGAGCAAGCGCUACAAACCGCCGAUGAGAAAGAGAGGGCAAAGCUCCAGGCCCAACUAGCGUCCAGCGCAAGAAGAGCACGCGAGAGCUACAUCGCAGCCCAGCGGGGACUUGAUAUGCAGCACAAGCGCCGACUUGCGGAGAAGAUGAAGGACAUCCGCGAUGCUAUUGAGCGAGGUGUUAAUACCAACGAGGACGUGACGUCGUUAGAGGACGUCUUCGCUAGAAUCGAACAAGACUUUUGGGAACACUACCCAAUAUCCAAGGAGGGUUCGCGGGUCGAGAACGAGGGGCGUUGA